CGUUUCCAUAAAAUACACAUCACUUUGAGUUUUGGUAUCGGCGGAUAGUCUGCUUAUCCACAUUUCAACCACACGUGUGUAGAAACGUCUCAUUGCCUGAACUGAGGCAAUGAAUGCAGCCUACUAACGAUGUAGAAAGGACGAUUUUGCAUGAACCGAGAACUUCUUCAGAUUUCUAACUAACAAAUUAUGUCGUCUAUAAUAUGGAGACAGUUGUCUACAUUUUCAUCAGGAUCUCGCUGAAAAUUUGUUUUUUUGCCAAGGCAACGAACUAGAUUUCGCCACCCCCUCGUUGUUCCAGUCACUCCUCACAGUCCUGUCUUGGAGGGCUGGUUAGGAGGUCCUUUUUCGUGUUAGAUUCACAACUAGCAAUGAUGCUUCAAUAUUUUCUAAAUGUGAGUUAAACUGUUGGCAUAGUUUGCUAACGUUAUAUAUAAAGAAGCGGAGGGCCACUUUAACGAAUGCAUCAAUCAAACAUUAAUUUAAACCAGUGACAUUGGAAUUUGAAGACGGAGCCCAUCCGACCCUUUUCCCCCGAACCUGGAUAUCGGAAUGGUGUGUCGUGACCCCAGUGGGUUGGGAAAUGCACCAUGUUUACACGCGCUAUGAGCCGGACAGUCAUGUCUGGCUUGGAGCACCGAUAAUCUGGACACUUCCGGGGAGCCCACUACCCGCUCCGUGGGCACCACUGCCAACUUGAAGGGGAAGAUGAGCAAGAGGCUGUCUGUUGUGAAAGGUCACUUCCCUAAGCUCGUUGACUGUGCCCACUUCCACUAUGACAAUGUGGAGUUUGGCUCCAUCGAGUUGCAGUUUGCGAACGAGCAGAGCGAUGCCAGCUGGAUCUCGGGCUCUGCCAAAGACCUGGUUUUCCUGGUGCAGGUGUCCUGCCAGGCUAAGACGUGGAUGGUUCGGCGCACCUAUGAGGAGUUCCGUACUCUGGACGCUCACCUUCACCAGUGUAUCUACGACCGGCGUUACUCCCAGCUGCUGCCCCUGCCACCUCUCAGCGAGAUCGGGGACAGGGUAGAGAUCUUCACCCCGCUGCUGUCGGAGUACCUGAGCCGCCUCUCCAUGAUCGUGGACAACAAGCUCAACUGUGGGCCUGUGCUCACCUGGAUGGAGAUUGACAACCGUGGGAAUCGGUUCCUCCUGAAAGAGGAAGCUUCGCUCAAUGUUCCCGCCAUCGCCGCUGCUCAUGUCAUCAAGCGCUACACGGCGCAGGCCAGCGACGAGAUCUCCAUUGAGGUGGGAGAUAUCCUGUCUGUAAUUGAUAUGCCACCCAAAGAGGACUCCAACUGGUGGAGGGGGAAGCAUGGCUUCCAGGUGGGCUUCUUCCCCAGUGAGUGUGUGGAGCUCAUCAACGAGAAGCCUCAGUCCGCCGCUAAAAUAGAUGGAGAUCCAGCCAACUCCAACGCACCAGGACCUCCCUCUCCUACAUCCGUUUCUAAGAAGCACGGCAAGCUGAUGGGAUUCCUGCGCAACUUUAUGAAGUCCAGACCCACCAAGCAGAAGCUCAAACAGAAAGGAAUUCUUAAGGAGAGGGUGUUCGGCUGCGACCUGGGAGAACACCUCCUCAACUCAGGACUGGACGUUCCACAGGUUCUGAAGAGCUGCUCAGAGUUCAUAGAGAAGCAUGGUGUGGUGGACGGCAUAUACAGGCACUCUGGAGUCUCCUCCAACAUUCAGAAACUCCGACAUGAGUUUGACAGUGAGAAUGUUCCAGACCUGACCAAGGAUAUGUACAUGCAGGACAUCCACUGUGUGGGGUCCCUGUGUAAACUCUACUUCAGAGAGCUGCCCAACCCCCUGCUCACCUACCAGCUGUACGACAAGUUUGCUGACUGUAUGGGAGAGAUGACGGACGACGAGCGCAUGGUGAAAGUACAUGAUGUCAUCCAGCAGCUCCCACCACCGCACUACAGGACCCUGGAGUACCUCAUUAGACACCUGGCUGGUCUGGCCACCUGCAGCGGAGAGACCAGCAUGCACAUCAAGAACCUGGCCAUCGUCUGGGCCCCCAACCUGCUCAGGUCUAUGGAGAUCGAGGCGGUGGGUCUGAGUGGUGCUGACCCAUUUAAGGAGGUGCGGAUCCAGUCUGUGGUGGUGGAGUUUCUCCUCGGUCACGUGGACGUGCUCUUCAGUGACUCCUUCACCUCUGUAGGACGCUUCACAGGCACAGGGCGGCACUCUCUGACCAGGCCCAAGUCCUUUGUGUCCGCCAGGCUGCUCUCCCUAGAAGAGGCCCAGGCCAGGACACAGGCUCCUCUGCUCCUCCAGGGGGCGCCAGUCCAGUUCCAGGGCCAGUUCCACACCGUGCUGGACCACCCUGUCGACAGGAGGAAGAGAGGGCUGAAGGUACGGAAGGCAGCUGGAGGGAGCUGGAAGACGUUCUUUGCGAUCGGGAAGCCCCUGGGGGCGGGGCAACGUAAACCAAUGAGGAUCAGCUCCCUGUUCCAGCCCGCCACCUCACAUGCAGGUUGUCGUGUGGACAGUGUGACCCUGCGUUCAGCUAAGAGUGAGGAAUCCUUAUCAUCACAGCACAGUGGAGCAGGACAGUCUAUCCGUCUGCGGCGGCCCCGCUCCAGCAGUGACGGUCUGUCUUUGGCUGCCUCCAUGGACCCCCAGCACCUGCCCCAGCGCCCCCCGUCCCGCCUGCCUUCCAGCCGCUCGUAUGACAGCCUGCUGCCUGAGGACCGCCGGCCCAGGGAUGAUGGAGACGAUGAGCAGGAUGAAGACGAGGAAGGCAUCUACAUGCUGCCUGACUUCUCCAACCAGGACCCGGCUGCUUCCUGGAUGGCCGAGGACGUCAUUGACUUCAGCCCCACCUUCCUGGAGGACGGACCAAUCGGCUUGGGCAGCAGCAUAGUCACCGCGGGUGGCAGGGAGUCCCCGCCCACUGCCACGCCCCCUCCCUACCGCUGCCUCAGCCACCAAGGACACUCUCACUCCAGCAGCCAGCGCUCAAUCACAGAGGACCCCGACUCGGUGCUCAACCAAUCGGAUGCGGCCGUCAGGAGAAGUCUGAUCAUUGCCGCCACAGCCCCGCCCCUUCAGGUGUUCUGUCAACACAGACCGGCCAAUACCAGCCCAUCUGCCGGCCAAUCAGGGGAGGGUGCCAACCUGAGUACCUCACACAGUCAAGGCCAGGGCCAGCCCACUACACCUGUGACCUCUGCUCAGCCCCCGCCAGAGAGAAGAUCUUUCACCCGGAAGAUGGUGAACGCCUUCUCACAAAAAGCCCCCAAGUCCCCUACACUAGACAUCUCUGACCCUGUAUCCAUCAGCGUCCCAGCUAAGGUGUUGGACAUGAUUGGCGGGCGAGCUGGUGAAUUACAGCCUGGCAUCCCGAGCAGCGGCCCCUCCCAGUCGCAGCCGCCUCAGAUGAUCUCCAUGCUGCUGAGGUCAUGUGACUUCCAGCUGACGGAGAGCUGCCAGCAGGAGAUCCGCAGCAAACUGGGCCCCGAGGCCAAGAUCAGAGGACAGGGUAAUACGGGACCCACCGGCCCCCCCCUGUUCGCCCAGCCUCCCCCUCCCCCUCCAAAAAACCCAGCACGCCUCAUGGCCCUGGCCCUGGCUGAGAGUGCCAACAAGGCCCUGAGACAGGGCGCCUCGCCCCCCUACCGCCCCCCUCAGUCCCGGUCCCAGGACGCAGCCGACACCCGCUACCAGAGGUCCCUGUCUGCCGACGCAGGAGAGCUGCUGUCCUCUGACCCCAAUCAGCUCUACUCCACAGUGCGCCCCCUGUCUGUGUGGAUGACCGAGGGAGAGGGAAACGCGACAGAGACUGCAGCAGAUACAGGACACGGCCAGGGAGAGAGGACUCCAGGACAGGUGUGUGGGAGUGUGCACAUGUCUGAUACGGGGACCCUGUCCUCUGAGACGUCUGACUCUGUGGCGUCCAACUCGGAGCUGUCUGGUGGGAGCGCCUCUGGAGACGACCAGACCCCCAGCCCCAUCUACAAGAACCAGAAGCAGCUGCCCCAGUCACAGCCCCCCAAACCAGGCCAGUCUGGGGAGAGACCUAGCCCCACUGAGUCCCAGUCUCAGAGGAAGCCCCCAGCCUACUCACGCCAGUUCUCUGCCCCUCACCUCCAACAGAAAUCAACCUCCACCCAGUCCAAGCCGUCCUCAGCCCACCCCCAGCUCCUGCACUCCAAGUCAGAGUCCCCUCUGACUCAGGCCCGUGCCUUCCAGCCCACCCGCCCCAAAGUACCCCCUAAGCCCCUGGAUCUGGAGCGUCCCCACAGAGCACCACUGGCCCAGACUGAGAUGCGUCGCUCCCUGGACUCAGGGCGCAUCAGGCGGAUCUUUGGUCAGCAGGGGAACCCUCCUCUGGCCAGAGCCUUCUCAGAGCGUCUGAGUGGAGCUCCAGACCACCUCACCCGCUACCUCGCAGCCAGCCAACCAUCCCCGGGUCAGCAGCCGCCUCAGCAGGCCCAGAUCCGGCCCAUGCCCCUCUCCUCCACCUCAGAGGACCAGGGAAGGAUGGAAAACUUCUACUACGAGAUUGCCGGGCCUGAGAACCCGCAGGGCCCCCCCAGCUACGCCCGCCACAGCUACCAGAACAUGAGGCUGGACCUGGAGGGUAACUUCCGCCCAGCCCCCCACCCAGAGACCAACAAAAGGUCCAUCUCUCGGGGGCAUCACCCUCCCCAACCUCUCCACCACAACCAGGGUGGACCCAGGGAGAGUGGGCCCCAGCUCUGGUCCAAAGAAGCCACGCGGGCUUGGGCAGCCGCCCACUCCCAGUCCCAUUCAUUCUCCCACGGACACUCUCACCACCACUCCCAGGACGGCUCCACCCACCACCAUCACCCCUCUCACCCCCGGCCCCAGCGCCAGACCUCCUCCUCAGUCCGGCUGGCCCGUAGUGAGAUGCACCCCCUCCCCUCCUCCUCCAUGGUUCCCCUGGCGCUCCACCAGCACCAACGCAACCUCCACCGCUCCAACAGGUCAGCCUCUACAGACCUCACCGCCUCCCAGCUACACCCCUAUUUUGAAAACGGGAAGGUGUGCUAUCGUAAGCCAGAGGAUGCUCCUCUGAAUCUGAGCCAGCCUCCCCAGGGCAAGUCUCUCCAGGGCCAGCCAUCCCAGCCCUCUCCUCCCCAUGCCCACAGACCGACCUCCAAGGACCUUUCUGAGCCCAUCUACGUCAACUUCCCUUUCCCCAGCCCCUCUACUGGGGCCCAAAAGAGCUGGACCAGCACAGACCUGGAUGGAGACUCUCCACAGGAUUUUGAACCUCUUGCCUUGCCAAACGACCCCCCUCCCCCAGAGGACCAGAGACAGUCCUCCCCCCACCUGGCCCCUGACCAGGGAGGCUCCACCAGCGUUAGCCUCACCCCCUCCACUCCAGACAGCCCAGCCGCCCACAACGACUCGACUGCAACGACCCCAGGGAGCAUCCAGGAGAGCGACUUCCUCCCAGCUCCCACAGCGUCUACAUCGACAGGGAUCCACUGCCGCAGCCGCUCAGACCCCCAGAGCUCCAGCUGUAGUACAGAGCCCAUCCAGGGCCUGUCGGGGAAGGAGAUUGCCUCCCUGCUGAUAGAGAAGCUGGCUGAGGAGGAGAGGGCUGAGGGUCCCUCCACAGUCACCUCCUCCUCUGCCUCCACCAGCUCCUCCCCUGCCAUGGAGCACCCUGCCAACCCCUACCCCAGCCAGCAGCACAACCAGUCCCCGCCUGCCUAUAAUGUCUACACCCCGGGCCCCUCACGGAUCAGGGCUCCUCAGAGGGCUGGGGCAGGGGGCUUCCAACGCCAAGACCCGCUCCGGAGGUCCUCGCCCGGGGGCCAGUACAGGCAGGCCUUUGACGUCAUGCCCUCAGGCGAUCAGGUGCUCAAAUACUACCGGACCCAAGACUUUACCCAGGGAGAGCACCAGAGCUCUGGCGCUAACCCCUACCCCCCAUGGCAGCACUACCAGGAGCCCCCCUACCCCAUCCAGAGCCCCCAGGACCCCUGCUCCUCCAGCUACCCCAGCCAGCCCCUCUUGGAGCCCUCAGACUCCCCGUCUGCAGCCUUCUCCAACCUGACGCUGGGGGCCCCCAGGCCCUACCCCGGCCAGCCAGGAGGCCUCCAGUACAGCCGGUACCCAUUCCAUCCUGGCCCGAUGCUGGGCCAAUACCCCAACCCUCCCCUCCGCAGAGAUGUGGUCCACGAGCCGGGGCUGCGGCCGCAGGGUCUGAGGAACCAGAGAGGGCUGGCACGGCAGGGCAGCUUACCUGGACCAUCACCCAAUUGGACCAUCCAUACUGAGGGUCAGACACGCAGCUACUGCUGAGGAGGAGCACAAAGUAGACUUUUACACACGGUACCCUAUAAGACUGAAUGUGAAAGAGAGAGAAAGAGCUAGGAAGAGACCAUGUAAAACUCUCAUGGUCCACAGAGAAAGGGAACAGGACGAUAGAAAUUCUUCCUGGAAACGUGAGACAACCGGUCAUGUCUAGAAAUGGGACCAUGGGCAAGGCAUUCUGGGGUAGCUAGACAUACAGUCCAGUUUCCUGUUUGAACAUUCCCUGGGGCCUAUCACCACUUCCCACCUGCAACCACUGGACCAAUGAGAAAGAAGGGAACAAUGAUGGAAGGCGAUAAAGAGAUGAACCGAAAAGUGGCUUAGAUUUGAAAACAUUCCAGAGCAGACUGUUGUUGUGAACAUUGAGAAAGAAUGGCGAAUAGCUGCCAGGGUCUUUUCUGGAUCAAAAUGGGGCUUAUGUGGUGGGCGUGGCCAAGCGACAAUUUUAGAGGCCCUUCUGUUGGCCGCAGUGACAAAAUGUAGCGGUUUCAAGCAAAUUUUGUGCAAUUCUACUCAUUUUGCCAUGUGACGGAGAUACAAUUUGACAGUUUUAAAGCAUAUUUUCUCCAAUUCAAAAAAUCUGGUGGCCCCCAUGCUAUGACAAAAAUUCCUGAAUGCAUAAUUUGGGGAAUUUUAGAUUCUCCCUGAUUGUCUAGCUUUUAUUUAGGUGAUGCUUAGUUCUCAAAGAUGAUCUUAUUUAAAAAAAAAAAUAUAUAUAUAUAUAGGUUCAUUAUCUUUUCUACGUACUUCACAUCUCAUUUUAGUAAUUUAAGUUUACAAAUUGAAAAUGUUUUCCCAUUCUGAAAAUUAUUUAUUAUAUAUAUAUAUAUAUAUAUAUAUACACACACACACACACACACACACACACACACACAGUACCAGUCAAAAGUUUUGACACAGCUACUCAUUCAAGGGUUUUUCUUAUGUUCUACAUUGUAGAAUAAUAGUGAAGACAUCGAAACUUUGAAGAAUCUUAAACAUGUUUUGGUUCCUACAUUAUUCCAUGUGUUAUUUCAAAGUAACCACCCUUUGCCUUGAUGACAGCUUUAGCAUUCUCUCACCUGGAAUGCUUUUCCAACAGUCUUGAAGGAGUUCCAACAUAUGCUGAGCACUUGUUGGCUGCUUUUCCUUCACUCUGCGGUCCAACUCAUCCCAAACCAUCUCAAUUGGGUUGAGGUCGGGUGAUUGUGGAGGCCAGGUCACCUGAUGCAUCACUCUCCUUCUUGGUCAAAUAGCCCUUAUACAGCCUGGAGGUGUGUUGGGUCCUUGUCCUGUUGAAACACAAAAGUAUAGUCCCACUAAGCGCUUGAAGAAACUUUGAAAGUUCUUGACAUUUUACGGAUUGACUGACCUUCAUGUCUGAAAGUAAUAAUGGACUGUUGUUUCUCUUUGCUUAUUUGAGCUGUUCUUGCCAUAAUAUGGACUUGGUCUUUUACCAAAUAGGCCUAUCUUCUGUAUACCACACCUGCCUUGUCACAACACAACUGAUUGGCUCAAAUGCAUUAAGAAGAAAAUAAAUUCCACAAAUUAACAUUUUAACAAGGCACACCUGUUAAUUGAAAUGCAUUCCAGGUGACUACCUCAUGAAGCUGGUUGAGAGAAUGCCAAGAGUGUGCAAAGCUGUCAUCAAGGCAAAGGGUGGCUACUUUGAAGAAUCUAAAAUAUUUUGAUUUGAUUAACACUUUUUUGGUUACUCGUGUUAUUUCAUAGUUUUGAUGUCUUCACUAUUAUUCUACAAUGUAGAAAAUAGUUUAAAAAAUAAAGAAAAACCCUUGAAUGAGUAGGUGUGUCCAAACUUUUGACUGGUACUGUAUAUAUCAUCAUUUUGAGUCUUUUUUAUUUUUUACAUAAGUGGCCUGGAAAAGCACUUAGGCAGCCCGCCCAAGUCUUUUCUAUGCAGAAAAAAACCCUGGCUGCUGUACUUUUUAACAGAGUAUUAGGUAUUCUGCACAGUGGCUGUUAGACUGGCUGUGGGUUAGGUUUGAUUGGGUUUGCCUUUAUUUUUUACAAUGUUGUAGUACUGAAAAAGGACUACACAGGGAAAUAACCUCAGUCUGUCUCCUUUAAAAAAAAUAAGAACCUCAAAAGCUGCUGAGUUGGUUUAGUGGUUUUCAGAAGCUUGAUUUUACAUGUUAUAUUUAUUUUAGUUGUGAGGAAUGCAUGUAAUAUAAAUCAUUUGUUUGAAAUAAUAAGUCUGUCGUUCCACCAAUUCGGUGCCUUUUGAGAUGUGUAUUAUUUGUUGAUUUCACCUACUUUAGACAGUCAUAAAGAUCACAUGUUCAACUUUCCCAUCUCAAGGUUACAUUUUUUUAAAUGACUAGCAAGUGCCAAAUAUAGUAAGAAGGUUGACAAGUUCAUCUUAAAUUGGCCAUAAAUCCCCUAGUGGCAAAGGAAAUGUAAGCUUGUUGUGUGCAACAGGGAGGGGCAAUUGAAUGCACACUUCACAAAAUAAUACAAUUAUCUAACCUAGUUAUCUGUGGUUAACAGGGUUAUGCUCGGCCCGCUCAGUUUUCCACCACAAAACACCAGAAAUGUUUUCAGAAGAACCAGCUCAACUGCUCUUACUCAAUUAUUUGGACUAGUAGAUGUUCAAUGUUUAUUUUUAUUUAAAAAGGAAUAUUAUUUUAAAAGUUUCACCAUAUUAAAACGAGUUCAGUUCACUUAACCGGGUUGCGCUUAAAAUUAGGGAAAGGUUUAUUUUUUUCUUAAAUGAAUGACUAAUCACAUUUUAAAUUAAUAUUAAUCAGAAAUGACUGUCAAAGCAACAGAAUGACUAGGGCUUUACAAUGAUGGAGAAAUGUUAAUCUUCUUUGAAGUCAGAGGGACAUGUCAAAUGCAGAAUUUUGGCACGUUAGCAAGUCUUUAUUCAUAUAAAAAAUAUAUUUAUUGAAUUCUCCAUGUGGUCUAUAUUAAAGGCCACUUCAUUAAAUAUAACGCUUUUAAAAUUCAGUAUUGGUGCACAAUUUUGUACUUAAAAUAUCAAAAGGACGCAAAAGGCACUUAUUUCGUGGAACGACCCACGUAGAAUUUGAUUGUUUUAAUUUUUAUCCCUGGACAGAAUGUGAGUGUGUGAAUGCAUGUACGCAUGUCUAAAUGUGUCCAUGUAACCAAUGACGAGUGUCUCUUAUGAUGAGCUAAAAAGCACAUAAUUCAGCAAAUGAAAAACUGAAUCAAAACAUUGCCUUCUGUUUUAGGGAAUCUGUUUUUACAGACAGUACUUUGUCGUUUUAGGAUUAGUGGUACUACACUAGUUUGCGCUUUCAUUCUGAAUGCUGUGUGUGUGUCUCUCUGUCUGCCUGUCUGACUGCAGAAAGUUUGUACUGUGUGUCUUAUCUAAUGUACUUAUCCUUGAAGGAUGUUUUUGUACAUGUUAAGUCUAACAGAUGCUUUUAUCCAAAGCAAUGUACUGCGCUGAUAAUACAAUACCACUCACACUGGUCCUUGGUUGUUUUUCUAUAUCCGUGUUGGUUGAAAUACAACAGAAGCACCCCAGAUGUCCUUACCUCCAUUUUGGGAGAUAUACUCACUGCCUGCCCCUAUGCAACAUAUACCUGACACGUACAACACAUUACUAAAGGUGUGAUGUGAUGAUUCAGUGGAGGCAGAAACCAAUUUCAUUCCAUUAACAAACCACCAUGUCUUAAUUCAUGUAUCUCCCCCAUUCUGGCGUUGGGACUGCAAUACUGUUAUUGGACAGCAGGGGGAGACACUUAGUCUCAGAUCAUUACCUAUACUGUAAUGGUUUUUGCACAGACUUCCACUAUAUUGAACUGGGUGUGUGCACAUGUGUAUCACUUCACUUCUGUCCCUAUGACUGUGUCGGUUACAAAACUGGUUCAAUCCUUUCCCAGUCGUUGGUAUGUCUCACUAAUGUCGUUGUGGAUACUUUUCCAUCACAGAUAGACAAAUGUCCCAGUGUAGUUGUAUUGUAGGAGAGCUAAACAAAGGACAAGGUUCUAUUAGGCUAGUUUAGCAGUGCUGUCCAUUGAACAUUGGGAACUAUACAUCUUUCAGGGGUGUUUCCUCAACUGUGUUUUAAUGCUGUGAUACCACUGUAGUGAAGUGCGAGGGAAGGAAGAGCUGUUUUGUAACGGGGGUGAGAAUGUGAAAAAUGGUGCCACUUCUGAGAUGUACUUUGGUUUUUGUUUAACGUGCCUUUUUGAUGAACAAUCAUUUGGUUCCAUAAAGCAUGUUAAGUCGGUAACUUUCUCUCUUUAGGUCCGGGCUGGAAACAUUGUGAAUGGUAUCUUGCCACGUGCACUAUAGCUCUUUACUAUGACGGUACAAAGCAGCAUACAGGACCUGGUACUCUUUGUGUCCCUAAACUCCUUAGAUUAAAGAAAAUUGCACAUUUUUCAUUGAACUCCCUAAUGACUCUGGACUUGGGCUUUUUGAAGGAUAAUUGUUUGUGUGAACACAUGUGUGUUCUCUGUUACUGUGUGGGUGUGUGUGAGUAUGGUCCUGUUGUGUGAGCAAGCAUGCAUCCCUCCCUCUUUUAUAUCUAUGCAGUGACCAAGUACAUUGAAGUCCAUAUAAGUUGGAAAUACUUAAAAUGGCUAUACUACCUAUGUGUGUAUUACAGGUGUGUGUGGGUGUAACCUGAAUUUUCAGUCCAAUACGAUCCCUUUCAGCCUUAUAGCACUUGGCAAAAGGCAGUUAAUCUUAUUUUGUAAUAUUUUCCAAGGUGUGAAUUAAAAACCUGAUGGUUACAUCACAGAUGAAA